UAUUUUCCCCUUCCUUGGUGGCUCCCUGCCGCCCCGCCCGGUCCGCGCAGCGCAGCCCGCAGCCGCAGCAUGUACCAGGGCCACAUGCAGGGCAAAGGCGCUAGGGCGGCCGAUAAGGCCGUUGCCAUGGUGAUGAAGGAGCUCCCCAGGGAGGAGUCCGCGGAAGAAAAGCCCCUCCUCACCAUGACCUCACAGCUGGUGAACGAGCAACAAGAAAGCAGACCCCUCCUGAGCCCCUCCAUUGAUGACUUUCUCUGUGAAACUAAACCAGAAGCUGUUGCAAGGCCUGUAACAUCAAACACAGCAGUGUUAUCAACAGCUUUGGAUCUCUUGGAUCUUAGUGAACCUGUGUUACAAACCCAAAACAAAGCAAAGAAAUCAGAGAAUGCAUCAAGAGGUGAAGGCUUAAAAGCUUCAACCCACAGAAAGAAGACAGACAAUUCUGACCUUGUCAAUGCGGAUACUGAGCAGAAAGUCCAGACUGUUAGAGUAUCAGACAAGUCUUCACUAGAUUUAGUUGAUAUUCAGACACAGCUAGAGAAAUGGGACGAGGUGAAUUUUCAUGGAGACAGGAGCAGCAAGGGUCAUCCAUCUAUGGAACGAACAUCAUCAUCCAGAGCUCCAUCAAAAGAGCUUUUGUGGUCCACGGAAARCAGAUCACAGCCUGAGCUGACUAAUGUCAAGAGUGCCUUGGAUUCCGAUUCAACAUCAGAUUUAGAACUAGCUCCUGCAACACAGAUACGAUCAACUAAAGAGCAGCGUUGGGGAGGGCCUCUCCUGUCUAGAAAUCAUUCCUUGGAGGAGGAAUUUGAAAGAGCAAAGGCAGCUGUGGAGUCAGACACAGAAUUUUGGGAUAAGAUGCAAGCAGAGUGGGAAGAAAUGGCUCGCAGGAAUUGGAUUUCAGAGAACCAGGAAACACCAGGACAAGUCACCAUCUCAACCAUUGAGAAGGGCUAUUAUUUUCAUACCGAAAACCCUUUCAAAGACUGGCCGGGGGCUUUUGAGGAAGGACUGAAGAAAAUGAAAGAGGGCGACUUGCCAGUCACGAUCUUGUACCUGGAGGCUGCGAUUCUGCAGGAGCCCAACGACGCAGAGGCCUGGCAGUUCCUGGGCAUAACGCAAGCAGAGAAUGAAAAUGAGCAGGCAGCCAUUGUCGCCCUCCAAAGGUGCUUGGAGUUACAGCCAAACAACCUAAAAGCUCUGAUGGCCCUGGCUGUGAGUUAUACUAACACCGGCCAUCAACAAGAGGCCUAUCAAGCUCUACGAAAUUGGAUAAAGCAAAACCCCAAAUACAAGUAUAUAGUGAAAAGCAAAAAAGGGUCCCCAGCACUUACCAGGAGAAUGUCUAAGACAUCAGAUGAAAGCUCGUUACUUGAAGAAGUAAAGGAUUUGUACCUGGAGGCAGCUCACCAGAACGGCGAUAUGAUAGACCCUGACUUGCAGACAGGCCUUGGAGUUCUUUUCCACCUGAAUGGAGAAUUCAGCAGAGCAAUAGAUGCAUUUAGUGCUGCUUUAACUGUUCGGCCAGAGGACUACACACUAUGGAACCGUCUUGGAGCAACUUUGGCCAACGGCGAUCGAAGCGAGGAAGCUGUUGAGGCCUAUACACGUGCUUUAGAAAUACAACCCGGCUUCAUUAGGUCCAGAUACAAUCUAGGAAUAAGCUGCAUCAACCUAGGAGCAUACAGAGAGGCUGUCAGCAAUUUUCUCACUGCUCUCAGUUUGCAAAGAAAGAGCAGGAACCAACAGCAGGUUCCCCAUCCGGCUCUGUCAGGCAAUAUUUGGGCAGCGCUCCGAAUUGCCCUGUCUAUGAUGGACCAGCCAGAACUCUUCCAAGCUGCCAAUGUGGGCGACCUAGACAUUCUGUUAAGAGCUUUUAACCUAGAGCCGUAAGAAAAAAUAUCCACAAGGCAAUUAAGCUGCAUUAAGAACUAGAGAACUCUUCUAUGACUUACAUCAAAAUGACCGUGUUUUCCAAAAGAUCAUGGCUGAGGAUCAGUAGGGGAACUCUCCUGGACAUGACUCCAAAAGUUCAAAAGCACAAAAAAAAAAAAAAAGAAAAAAAAGAAUAUAAGUUCUAAAUCAAUGAUUAAAAUGGACUGCAGCCCUGAACUAGACAAAGCAGUCAUUUCUGAGGAAUGACUUCAUCCCAUGCAACCUAUAUCUCGAAGCURUACAGAGAAAACUAGAAUAGGAACCAACCCAGGUAAUCCUUAUUGCACAUUAGAACGGUGAGCAGCGCAUCCAAGGAAUCUGCUGAGCAGCUCAUUGCAUGAUGCUGACGCCGCUUUUCCCUACAACAGGAAUUCCCUAUCCUUUGGUUUCUUUGUUCAGCAGUUUUCUCRAGGUCCAUCAUUAAGUAAGCUCUGAUACAGAUGCAUGUAAGCUGGAUGUAUUUUGUUUUGACUGUGUUUAUAACAAGAGCUUUGCUUCUGAGGCUUCCCUGGUUGAACCUGGGCCUAAUUCUGCAGGCUCACAGAGUUGCAAACCUCAUGGGAUGUAACAAGAACAUUGUACAAGAGGGCUCAUGGGAUUAGGCCGUUGACUUUCCAAAAGGACAUGUUACAAGUGGAAGCAGUAAUUUGCACUAGAAUUGUUGUUUAAACCAGCUAUCCCUGAUCAUGGAAUGAGGAAAUUGUCUACCAAGGCGCUUGCAGCAGGAUCUGCACCAGUCUAUGUACU